AUGGCUUGUGGUUACGUCUCAACGAUCAUUCUAGUUUUGAGGCUACCUAGCUGGUUUCCCGGUGCCACAUUCAAGCGAGCGUCAGUGAAAUGUCUGAACGCAGCCCAUGAUGUGAAGGAGUUACCCUUUCAAUAUGUCAAGGAGAAGAUGUCCACUGGCAACAUGGCACCAUGCUUUGUGACUGAGACCUUGAACAGGGCGAGGCUUUCUGUUGAGGAUGACAACGUCAUUACAACUGCAGUCAAGGAAGCUGCUUCUAUUGCGUUUGCAGGGGGGGUUGAAACGACUACCUCCACGUUACUUGUGUUCCUUCUUGCUAUGGUGCUCCAUCCAGAAGCACAAGCCAAAGCGCACGCGGAAAUUGACCGUGUCGUUGGCAAAGAUAGACUCCCCAGUUUCGACGAUAAGCCUGCGUUGCCUUACGUGGAGGGUAUUUUGCGUGAAACACUCAGGUGGCACCCUGUAUUUCCGUUGGGCGUUCCUAGCGCAACAACGACUAGUGACAUCUAUAAAGGUUAUUUCAUCCCCAAAGGUUGGUAUCAUACUGUUCUAGCGAAGGUCGCUAAUGACCCAGAUUAUCAGGGGUUAUUGGCGAUGACACAUAAUAAAACGAAGUACCCCAGUCCUGAUGAAUUCAAGCCCGAACGAUUUCUCCAUGAUGAUGGGUCCUUCACCAACGACAGGAUGCCUUUAGGCUUUGGCUGGGGUCGCCGGGCGUGUGUGGGACGACAUGUCGCAGACGCGUCACUCUGGAUCGCGACGGCAAGCUUCCUGGCUGCUUUUUCGGCCCACAAGGCUCUUGAUGAUCAUGGCAUGGACAUCCCAGUCAUUCCAAAGUUCACCACUGGGGCCGCUGUUCAUCCCGAGGAAUUUCCCUACUGCAUUGUCCAGCGAUUCCCGUGUACAUCUGAGACACUAACGCACUUAACUGGCUUAGAGCAAUCGUGA